CGACGCCGCGUGCCCUAAGUGCAAUCCGGUUCAAUUGACAGUGAACAAUGAGUGACAAGAACAAUCAUUGCAUUUUAUAAACGAACGCUUGAAUAUAGUUGUCGUUUCAAGUAGAGUGCCGCUUCAGUUCUCUUUUGCCCCAGAUCGCACGAUAAAUACCGAUGCCUCCAUCGAGGGUGAUUCGGCAGCGCGACUCAAACAUGCUCGGCGACGGACCUCCUCCGACUGAAAUGCUGGACGCCAUGAGCUCAUACGCCGAGAGCCACCAGGUGCAGGAAAUAUUGCAUAUUCUGCUGACACGUUUGUUGGAGACCCAGCCGCUGGACUCGUUAGAGUUCCUCAUUCAGACCCUGCAGAAGGAUGACCAGCUGGAUGCACUGGAAAAGAAGGCAGCCUUGCAGCGCUUUGACCUGCGGCGUGAAAAAACCAAGAAGCAGCUGGUUCUCCAGCUUUACAAGCGUCUUAUGGCACUGCAGCGUACUCAACACACCGACAAGCUGGAAGCUCAGGGGGUGCACCUCGCCCGUGGGUUUUUGACUUCGCAACUUCGACUCGAUGAGACCCGAUGUCACAUGCAGAAGCUUUUCCCCAGCCAUUAUCGAGACCUCAUCGCGUGGUUCAUCGCGCAUGAAGGAGAAUUGCCCGCUGCUAUCCCCGCUGAGCAGUUCACCAAGACGUGCAUGCAGGUCUUGAGGAUGCAGGCGUCAGCAUAAAAAUGUCUACAUAAAAUAAUUUGGCUUUUUC